CAGCACCACACCACACCCUCUUUAUUCUCUCUCUCUCUCACUCUCUCACUCUCUCACUCUCUCUCUUCAUCCAUAGCUACUCAAUGGCAACUUUGCAGUCUCUUGCAUUGGCCUCCCCAUUUUCGCAUUACUUGCAGCAACCGCGUUCUUUCCCAGGCUCAUUAUCUUGGCCUGUCCAUCGUAGUGCAAAGUCUGCAUUCAAUGGCCAAUCUUUGCACGUGUCCCAUCCACAGUUGACUUUGGUUAAGCAAAAAACAUCAAGUUUUAUUACAAUGAUGGUCAAACCAACAAUUCAAUUUAUCCAAGGAACUGAUGAACAGACAAUACCGGAUGUAAGGCUAACCAAGUCAAGGGAUGGUACAAAUGGGGUGGCCAUUUUCACAUUUGAUCAGCCUUCUGUUUUUGACUCGUCUGGUGAACUUGGUGAUAUAACUGGUUUUUACAUGAUUGAUGAGGAAGGAGUUCUCCAAUCAGUUGAUGUUAGUGCUAAAUUUGUAAAUGGAAAGCCAUCUCGGAUUGAGGCAAAGUAUAUUAUGCGUUCUCCUCGGGAUUGGGACAGAUUCAUGAGGUUCAUGGAGCGAUAUGCUAAUGCAAAUGGCUUGCAAUUUGUCAAAAGUUGAGGCAAUGUAUACACUUUCUUCUGUUUUACACUUUGUCACCUCAUUUUUUUUCUAAAUUAAUCAAGAAAAAAUUGAAGAUCUCAGUUCAUGCCCAUCUAGGAUGCUUUGCAGCUACCUUAUAUCUCUUGUCUUAAAAAUUUUGUAGUUCAUGAUGAUGUGCAAUUUCGUUUCUCCUCCAUUGUAAAUGUACAAGUGAGACAGCUCUUGUCCUUGAACUUGUUUCUUCCUACAUCAAAUGUCUUAAUUUAAUUUACAAGAAAGGUUAAUUUUUUUAUCAA